GGUCGCCUAGAUGCACGUCCAUGUCCAUUACUAACAUCAGCAGAAAGGAGUGAACAUCAUAGUGGGACAGACGGUACCAUCCUGGUCUGGAUUGCUUGUCUCUACACCACCUUACCAUCAUGGGUGAGACGGAGAAACAGCCCGAACAACCCAAGGCUGUCCAGCAGAAGAUGGUCAUCGCUAACAAAGUGACCGGAACUGUGAAAUGGUUCAAUGUCAAGAGUGGCUACGGUUUCAUUAAUAGAAACGAUACCAAGGAAGAUGUGUUCGUCCAUCAAUCGGCCAUCGUCAAGAACAACCCGAGAAAGGCUGUACGUAGUGUGGGAGAUGGCGAGGUCGUUGAAUUCGACGUCGUUAUUGGUGAGAAGGGUCACGAGGCAGCCAAUGUCACUGGCCCAGCGGGUGAAGCAGUAAAAGGUUCACCUUACGCCGCGGACAAGCGUCGCGGAUAUCGCGGUAUCCACUGGGUGUAUCCGAGACGUGGCAAUGGUCGACCGCAAAAUCGUAGAUCACGUGAAGGCCAAGAGGGUUACGAACAAGGAGAAGGAAAGGUCGGCGAUGACGCAAACGCCGAGGGAGGCGGCCAGCCACAACAGCAACAGCGUCGCUAUAGGCUGCGUCGUCAUUAUGAUGGUUAUUACCGUGGAGGACGGCGUUCCGGGCCCAAUCCAUCACAGCAGCAAGGAGAUGCUGGCGAAGGUGGUGAGCAAGCGGAAGGAACCGGCGGUGAAGGUGGAGUUCCGCCGCGCGGUGGUGGUCGUGGACGCGGUGGUCCAUCACGACGUUACUUCCGCCGCAAUUUCCGCGGAGGAAGAGGUGGUGGUCCGCCACGACGUCCUCGCAGUCAGGAUGGCCAGGUAAGGUCGGAGCAGAAGUCUGAUGCACCUAAAGAUUCGGAUGCACCUGCCGCUGCCCCUGCUCCACAGGAGAGCCAGCCGGUGCAGAACACCACCACCGAAAGCACCGCCUAACCGAGACAGAGUAACGCGCUAUUACCGCAGGACACUCCUUUUUAACAUAUAACACCAACACCCGUUAUACGCUGCUACAUCGACAACAAAACAAUUGCAAAAAAAUCCAAAAAAAUAUAACAAAAAAAAAAGAAAUCAACAAACACUACUCCACACUCUCUCCACGAAAGCAAAUUAAAAUUAAGAUACGUAUGAAAAUUGAGAAGCGUACAGUUGUGCUUGACGGAUUCUUUUAAAGUUUAACAUAGUUUUAUCCUUGAUAUCUAGGCUCGACUUAAGUUAUUUCAUUGGAAGAACUUGUUGAGAAUAGCCGUAUGCUUCUCGGGAAUUCGGACAGAAGGGUAAAGCAAUUACGGAGUACAGAGCGAUGAAUUCGAGCGCGGCAAGAGAUAGAUAUAUCUAUAUAUAUUUUUUUGUUUUUGUUUUUGUUUUUGUGUAUUUCUUGUUUCGUACAUUACUUCUAAUUUGUCUCCGGCAAGGCGCAUUAUAAAUCGUUUCAUAUACGAUAUUUGAGUUUAUUGCUACAUUUCCGCGAGCUUUCUUCACUUUCGGCGACUUUUCCAUCAAAAGGAGUAGUGAAAACUGAUAUGUGGAUACUGCUGAUAAAUGAAUAUUUGCCUGUCUCGGAGUCAGUCGUUUCUUUUUGGCUUGUAUUUCAAAAUUGAUGAGCUGCCGUAUUGCUUUCACUCUUUCAGUAAGAAGAAUUGGAGUCGCCGUGGUCACAACAUUAUCCUUGAGUAUUUUAAAAUUGUACUGUUGAUUGCAAGGUGAUUGUAUUCAUUAAUAAGCGUAGAGUAAAUGCAGGACAAUUCUGAUAAUCGAGGAUGACAAUGGGGCCGUGAUUCUAAUUUUCUUAUACUUUACAGGCGAUCACAAACAGAAACAAUUAUUGUAAUAGCAUUUAUCUCGGCCAUAUUUUUACAAUUGUUAAUACUGGCCCCUGGUGGGUCUCCGGCGGUAUAUUAUUAAUUAGUGAUUAUUGUUUUGACUUUAUGCAUUAUUGGUUACUCAAAUUGGGCGCGAAAACUCAUGAGGUGUCACGUCUUGAGUUUUCCUGAGCUGUAAGCGGCGCUCGAAGGUACACUGAAUUUUGAUCGCGUUCUUUUUUUGUCGACGACAACAAUGCGUAUACUUGUACAUCCUAUAAAUCGUGUUAUCGGGCCUAAAGGCACUUCGAGCUAACCACAAGCAGAGAGGGUGACUCCUCACCGUGAAACCUCAAAGAUUUUCGCGCGUGAAUAAAUCGUCCGGUCAUUUCUAAAAUUAACUUCGGUCGACCAUGCACCAGGCAGGUCGUUUUUUUUAUAUUAAAUCACUGACCCGCUUGCAUGCGGCAAUCGACUCGAUUUGACUUUUCGAAACAAGAGCCGGGCGUAUCACAUAUAUCGGCUCGACUGACAAUA